AAGGACUGCACGAUACCAAGUCCUAAGCCAGUUCCUCCUCGACCAAGCACUACAGGAAAAUCGCAUUUUGGUGGCGGUGCGUUCAAGGCGGAUGGUAAAAUCGUCGUUGAUCUAGAAUCAUAAAUGAAGAAUCAGUAAUUGGCUUUAUGAAGACAUAUAAUGAAUGACGAAGUAGCGGUGGUUGGUUAGAAGAUUUGACCAUAGUGGUUUCUCGCUUCACAAGGAGAGCGUAUACAGCAAGUCGAGGGAAGGAAUCUGUUCAUCAGCAAUAACCAAAAGCUCAUGAUUUCAGCUUAUCCAAUUUAGGGUUUCAAUCGUUCACCUAGUCUGAGACGUAUCGAAACCCCAAAUUCGGACCAGGAAGUUAAGCUUGUGACGAAGGAAGAUGAUAAAUCGCUGAGAAUGAGUAAGGAAGAGGUUGCAGCCGUCAAAAUGGACAAAGCUGAUCAGUCUCAUAAACCGGCCAUCAUGCGGAAGGAAAGAGUUAGCAAGAGGCAACAUCAAAACAGCAUUCAGAGGCAGCAGCAACAGCCUAACCCAGAGAAAAAUGUUUUAUCCACUUUCGUGCCUCUUCCAUUGUCUGUUCCCAGUUGGCCUGGCGGGCUUCCUCCCAUGGGAUAUAUGACAUCUCUGCAAGGAGUAGUAUCCAUGGAUGGGACUAAAGUGACUUCUGCAGCUAUACCGAGAUUGAGACAGAUAGCUCAUCAACUUAUGGAGAGGGAUUCAGACAGGGCAACAAGGCAGUGCUCAAGCAUUUGAUGAGGCAAUUUCCGAGCUUGACACAUUGGGUGAAGAGUCAUACAAGGACAGUACAUUGAUCAUGCAACUUCUGUGAGACAAUCUGACUUUGUGGACAUCUGACAUCGCGGUCUCUCUCUCUCUCUCUCUUUCUCUCUCUCUCUCUUUCUCUCUCACACACAUACGUAUUGUGUAUUUAUAUACUAUAUUUCUUGAUUUGUGUUAUAACUGUAGACUUUGAGAGUAGAUCAUUGGGUGUACGUGUAGUCCUUUAUUUUCUGUUGUCUAUUCUUGAUGGCUGAACAAAAUUAAAUUAUUGAGAAACAAGCAGUUUAUAAGCUGAACACUAACACCAUAAACUUUUUUUCUUCUGUGAGAGCAAAGCUUGUUCCACAGAAGAUAGUUUCAAACAAAUUUGAACUUGUUUAGUUGGACAGUUUUGUGGUUGUCGAAGUACUUAGUACCCUUGUUCCGAGCAUUAUUUUUGUCUCAAGUUUUGUAGUUGAGGUUUUCUUUGACUUUUUAUUUACAAAUA